GACAAUAAUAACACACACAGCUCCAACCUCUCGAUCAUACCAAAAACAUCGUUAAUGGGAGGCCACAAUUCCAAAGAUAACAAAACGCAACUCUCACUCUCUGAACCAAAACCAGCCAUGGAUACAACCACCCAGCUUCAAACCACUGAUUCAACUACUGAACCAGGUCCAGCAUGGUCAGCUCUUCUCGGAGAAAGCAACUGGACCGGCCUCCUCGAUCCUUUGGACCUCCACCUCCGAACCCUGAUCCUCCGUUGCGGCGACUUCUGCCAGGGGACCUACGACGCCUUCAACAACGACGCCAACUCUAAGUACGCCGGGUCCAGCCGCUACGGCCACGCCAACUUUUUCGACAAAGUGAUGCUCCAAGACGCUGCCAACUACGAAAUCGCUUCCUUCCUCUACGCCACCGCGCAGGUCAGCGUCCCGGAGGCCUUCCUCCUCCACUCCAUGUCCCGCGAGUCGUGGGACCGCGAGUCCAACUGGAUCGGCUACGUAGCCGUCACCACCGACGAGUUCAGCAAGUCCAUCGGCCGCCGUGAGAUCUACGUAGCCUGGCGCGGUACCACCCGCAACUACGAGUGGAUCAAUGUGCUCGGCGCUGAGCUCGUUUCCGCCGAGCAGCUGCUCAACCCGGAGAACAACAACACAGUCAACAAGGAUGUAAAGCAAACCACUGAAGGCGAAGGAGGAACAAGCAGCAGCAGUGAUGACGAGGAGGAAGACAAGAUACCGAAAGUGAUGAGGGGCUGGCUGUCCAUGUAUACUUCCGACGACUCGAAAUCUUCCUUCACCAAACUGAGCGCUAGAGUUCAGCUGGUGACGAAGAUCAACGAGCUGAGGGAGAAGUACAAAGGUGAGAACCUAAGCAUAGCCUUAACCGGGCACAGCCUCGGCGCCAGUCUCGCUAUCGUGAGCGCAUUUGACCUGGUGGAGAACGGAGUCUCCGACAUUCCGGUGGCUGCUUUCGUCUUCGGGUCUCCGCAAGUCGGGAACAAAGCCUUCAAGACCAGAAUAAGCAACCACCCCAACCUGAAGAUCAUGCACAUAAAGAACACCAUCGACGUGAUUCCGCACUAUCCGGGGAGGAUAUUGGGGUACCGGUACAUAGGGACCGAGGUUGUGAUCGACACAAGGAAGUCGCCGUACUUGAAGGACUCGAAGGAAAUGGGAGACUGGCACAACUUGCAGGCGAUGCUGCAUAUAGUGGCGGGGUGGAACGGGCAGGAGGGUGAGUUUGAGCUCAAGGUGAAGAGGAGUGUGGCUUUGGUGAACAAGUCGUGUGACUUUCUUAAGCCGGAGUGUUCAGUGCCGGCCAUGUGGUGGGUUGAGAAGAAUAAAGGGAUGGUGAGGGAUGAGAGUGGGGAGUGGGUACAGGCUCCGCCGGCAGAUGAGGACCUUCCGGUACCGGAAUAUUGACUGAUGGUGAUGGAAUGGUAGGUGAGUCAAUGCUGGAAGACAACGUUAUUGAAAAUGUGUUGAUAAGCCAGUAUAGUUGUGCUAUGAAUUGAUUGGCUCCUAUUAUGUUGUCUGUCGAUUUGUGUAGAUGCAAUACUUUAUCAUCCACAAGGAUAUGUUCUUUACCAAUUUGUCUAUAAUGCUUGUUUGUAUUUUAU